CCAUUUUCCUUCUGAUCAGCAUCAGAACUGGCCGCUGAAGCUUUCCCUGGACCGGUCAUCCCAAACGGGAGCAGAGACGUCCCUCGUGGCAGUACGCCACCCUUUUGGGUCACCAUGACAACCAGUCCCUUUAUUUUCCCAACCAACUGGCCUUGGUUUGUAAUUCCAGAUUACCUUACGGUGGAAGGGAUGAAGGAUGUCCAGAGCGAUCCAUCUCCACGUUUCACCUCCUCCACCGUCAUGCUGACGGGUUUGCCUCAAGGGAACUUGACGCACCGGGACGUCGCCCAGCUGGUCUGGCCUUUUCUCCCCCAACAGACUCUACGCUGUUUGUUCUACAACGUGACGGUCCUCCCCCUGCAGAGACGUUUGACCAUCUCCACAUCCAUGGAAACAAAAGCGUCUUUCUAGAUUUAUGUGGGUUUUAUUUCUCCAAACCUUCAGGCUUUUGUGGAUUUCAACGACCGGGACUCGUGCUGCUGGUUUCUUAGGAGCCACAUCUCAAACCGGGUUUUUCGUCAGAGGCUGCGUCCUCAGCGUCCAUUUGGUUUUAGAGGACAUGGAGCCUGCGUGUAAUGAGGAGAUCAUGUACCGAACUUUGAUGAAGUGGAGCAACUCACGCGUUCCAGAUCUGGAGUCCCUGGAGGAGCGGCUGCUCUGCGUGGAGAUCUGGGAGGCGUCCGUGGGCCUCGCCAUGACGGUCAUGGAAGCAUCAACGGCGUCCUUUGAGGGUUUCCUGCCUCUUGCCAACAGGAUCUGCAUUGAAUUGACUGAACGCAGAGAUGUAACCAGAGUGGUGCAGAAAAUCUCUGCCAACAUUUCAUCCAUGAAACAAAUCUGUUUGAAAAGCUUUAAACGGCGUCUGCAGAAUUCAUGGAGUGACCACAUUGAUAUUGAGCUGAACUGCAGCAGCAGAACCGCAGAUCCAAACAUCGACAUCAGAGUUCUAGAAGAGGAGGAGGAGGAGGCUGAAGGAGAGGAGAUGAAGAAGACUGACGACGUUUCAGUGUAUCUGUGUGUACUUGCAUUUAUGAACUCACAUGUACAAAUAUUAUUUAAAAAAAUACUUAUAAUUUACACAUGCACAACAUUACAUUUCAGCAGCUUGAAACUAACUAGAGACACAAGCCUUUAAAAAGUACGUACCAAUUGCCAAAUACACACACUUGCACAAAUUUGCACUUAAAUCUGAUCCGAUACUCCAAGAUUCUUGUGUAAAUGAUGCGUUCAAAUGCUGCUAGAAUGCUGAGUCAUCAAUUUUCUUACCAGCUGCUUUACAAUUUUAAUUUCUAUAGAACUCUUGACAUUUUCCCACUUUCUUAAACAGAUAUUUCAUAAUAGUUAAUACAAAAAAGUCUAAAUAUACGUUUUUGAAACAUUUAAAACAUUUUUUUCCUUCAUAAUCUGGACA